AUGGCGCCUACGUCAUAUAUAGUGGUGGCACGCACCGUCGAAGUAAUUCCUCUACAGCCAGUGGCACCCUAUGCAAGAGACGACUUGACAGUUAACCUCGUAUUCCGGGUAACUCUUUCUUUCUUUGCUAACCUGGUCUGCGUUGUGCCGCUCAAGUACCUGGCCCAUCACGGCGAAUUCGCAGCAGCAGUCUUCGUCUGUACGGUCAUUGUCCUAAAUGCCCUCACAAUCGUCAACUCUCUCAUCUGGCGCGAUAACAACGUCGAAAACUGGUGGAAAGGGCAUGUUUGGUGCGAUGUCCACCCUUACAUUUAUCAAACAGCAUCGACUAUCUUCCUAACGUCGGCCAUAGCCAUCAUGCAGAAUCUCGCCCAGCAGGUGAAAUUGUUGCGGGUCGGCCCUGUGAGUAUCACCGAGAAGCACAGGAAGAUGUGGCUUCAGUUCUCAAUCAUUUUCCCGCUCCCUAUCAUUCAGAUGGGAUGGCUGUACCCUCUAUCGACUCAGAGAUACAUCAUCGGUCCUCUUAAAGGGUGCUUAUGGAGUGCCACACCAAGUUGGCCAUUCACUGUUUUCUUUCUGCUCCCUAGCCCACCCCUAGCUCUACUAGCAGCUUCUUACUCAAUCCUCGCCUGGAAAAAUUACCUAGAAAUUGAGCCGAUUACUCGCUCGGCGAUCGCAUCAGACACUUCAGCUGCUGGAAGACUAAAUCGUACUAGAUGCCGUCUUCUAUUCAUGAUAACCUACGUUAUACUCCCGGCCCUCGUACCAAUCUGCGUAUAUAAUGUACACGAGAUCAUCUCAUACUAUUCUUGGCAGCAAUUCAACUUCCGAAAAGUUCACUACGAAAACAACCCCUGGCCGUGGGACUCUGUUAUACUGUAUACAUCCGACCAGAUGCCGUUUGUUGAGCUCAACUUUGACUACCUGUAUUCUGCAACAGGCGUCAUGGUCUUUGUGUUCUUCGGCUUCACAAGCGAUACUAAAGACUACUACCGCCGUUGCAAGCGCGCCAUGCGUCUCGACGGCCUCUUCAACAGCCUGCGUGACAAUUCCAGCCCAAAUGAGAGGCCGGACCACUUAGGCCCAUUGAGGCCACGGCUAUCAUCAUCAGCGGCGGAGCUUGCUAAGGAAGACUUCCGCCGAGAUGCCGAUAUCAGUCGCAUAUCGCAGUUACAGAGCUCAACAUCGUCGUCGCCGCCUCCUUACUCUCCUGAGCUCGAUGUUACCAUCAGUGGAAAGCUCCUCAUGUAA